AUGGACGGGAUAGCGGCUCCAUUCAUAAGCCCCAGGAUUGGAUACAAGGACCGAUACAUUGUAGCUGAAAGCAACAACCGAUACAGUGUAACCAGCAGCGGCUACCGCAGCGGAAUGAAUUACCUGCUCCACACGCUCAUUCUACUGGCUGCUGCUGAAAUGAUCGCAGCAGGUCGUUUUAAAGUGAAGUGUAAGGAAGAGCAGAUCACGGCCAAGGCCGGAGAAGAUGACGUUAUCCAGUGUCGGUUUUAUUCUGGAAAUAAGGCUGGCAGUGUGGCUUUCGUUUGGAAGAAGGAGGAUGCUAUGGGGAUAAUCUACAAUUACACAAUAGGCCAUGGCAGCCUGGGCAAGCAGAACCCCAGCUACCGAGACAGAGCCGAGGUCUUUGACAACGAGGUCCCAAAAGGGAAUGUGUCCCUGAGAUUGAAGAACGUGACUCUGUCUGAUUCUGGAACCUACAGACUCUCUGUCGCCAGCCGAUCACAAAGCACUGAGACACAGGUCUUCCUCAGUAUAAGAGCUAUUGGCACGCAGCCCGUCAUUCAUUCACCUUCCGAUGACCUGGGCCUGUUGGUGCUGGUCUGCGAGUCCUCUGGGUGGUACCCGGCUCCUAGCGUGACCUGGGAAAAUGGACUAGGGGAGAAUCUGACCCGAUACUCGCACACAGAGCUAACUAACUGCACGGGUGGCAGUGUCUGUGUGAAGAGCACGCUAGAAAUGGAUAACUGGCCCACCGGCAACUACACAUGCACGAUGUGGGACCAGGAGUUGGAUGAGGGAUUGUCGUCGACUUUCAUCCUGAUUCACAGAGUACCGUUGGGUACAGUGAUCGGUGCAACUGGCGCAAGUGUUUGUGCUUUCAUUCUGAUUGUCGCUGUCUGUUGGAGUUGGUGGUAACGAGCAAGAGAUACAAUUGGGGUUCUGUGGUUCCCCUGUGUGAUUUAUCUCUGAAGACUCUGUUGGUUUAAAGGUAUAAAUGCAGGACGAGCUGGAGUGGGUGAAAAAGACUUUGUUCCACCCUGUGUACGACAAAGACUAGUUCUGUUUCCUAUUAGACACCAGAGCCAACCGAGUUCCAGCGCUUGACUUUCCUGGAGUGCAGCUGUUGUUAUAUUUUGCUCUGCACAGGCUAUGAUGCAGUCAGAAAGGAACAAAAAAGACUGGUUCUAUUUUAAUGGGUUUGUUUUUGCACUUUACAGUGUGGUCCUUGCGCUGUGUGUCAAGAGUUCAAUGGUAAACCUGUGUAUUGCUGCAAAAGAAAAAAAAAACUGACUGACUUUACAAUCAGGGAUUCUGUAGAUCAAGAAUAUAAUUUAACCGGUGAAUUCUCACUUUAUAUCUAGCAUGCUGUAUAGCAAUGGCUUUACCAUUUCCUUUGAACAACAACUGUUAAGUACACUGACGAAAGUCUAUCUAUACCACUGAGUCACCCAUUUCCAAGGGGCCAUGUACUGUCUGCACUGUAUCCUAGCCAGCUUCAUACUCUGAGGAAGGUUAAACUGGUACAAUCCUUCGAAGUAAUCCAGCAAAACCCCUUAAGAUGUUGCUGUGAUGUCAGAAUCUGUAUCAGUGGCAUGGAUGGGUCCCAUGAUGCCAACAGGACCAGAAUUGAGCUGAUCACUUCUCUCUGCGAUUGUCACACUUUCCCUUGUAUUCUUCGGUCCCGCUUCACUCCCAUCCAUACAAAAAUGUUUGUGUUUUUGGUGUUUACUUGCCAAAAAACCCAUUGUUCUUCUGGUUGAUCUGUCUUGCCUUUCUGCUACAUUUUGGGAGUGAGAAUUCUUGUGAACUUUAUUUUUAUAUACGGGUAUUAUCUGGUUCCAUGAUCACAGAUUAUGUUAUGCAAGCUAUGUGCACCUACUACAUCGGUCUGUUCCUCGCGUUGUGAUGAGUUUCUGUGUAGGAACCUUGGAGGUUUCAGGUCAGGAGGAGGCCAUUAAUCCCAUUCUGUCUACCAUGCUGUUUUCUAGUACGUUCCAAAACUAAUCCCACUUCCCUAACCUCUCUCCUUAGCCCUGUAUCUUCCUUUGCUUCUAAUAAUUAUCCAGCUAUCUCUUUUUUUAAAAGAAGUGCCAGUCAUUCGCUAUAGCAUAGCAUCUACUCUCGAACAAAGAACCCCUCUCGCUGUCUCUGAAAAUUUUAACUAAUCAAUAAUGUUCCAACCAGUGUUAACUGCCUUUCCCCUGUGACCUUAUUAGAACCUUUUUUAUAAUUAACAACAAUCCUGUUAGAUGUCCCCUUUGUGCUACAGUGGAAACAGUCUCAGAAACAGGAGUAGGCCAUUUAGCCUCUUGAACCUGUACCAUCAUUCAGUGUAGUCAUGGCUGAUCAGUAAUUAUGGAGACAGACUGCAUAGACUAGGCCUGUAUUCCGGCGAGUAUAGAAGAUUAUGUGAUGAUCUAAGUGAAUGUUUAAGUUGAUUAAAGGGUAGAUAGAAUCUCUCUUAUCUUCCCUCUUGGGGGAGUCCAGAACAAGGGAGCAUAACCUUAAAAUUAGUAAUGGGUUGUUUGAGGAUAAUGUUUCAAGCACUUCUUCAAACAAAGGUUAGUGAAAAUCUGGACAUAUUCCCCAAAAUGCUGUUGAGGCAGAGAGUCAAUUGAAAAUUUCAAAACUGACAUUGAUAGUUUUGCGUUAAGUAGACGUUUUAUGGUUUAUGGAACCAAGGUGGUUAGAUGGAGUUAAGAUACAGAUCAGCAAUGAUCUAUUGAGGAAUAAAGGAACAGGUGUAUGCCAAUUAGUCCCUCGAAUCUGUUCCACCCUUCAAUGUGGCUGUGGUUGAUCUGUGGCCAAAGUAUAUUUAUCUACCUUUGCUCCAUUUACCUUAAUUUUUUGCUUUUUGUUAACCAGACUUAGUAAUAUUUCAAAAAUUAGUGAAAAAUUUGUAUCUGAAGUCUCUCCUUAUAGCAGUGGUUUCCCAUCACCACGUAUCAUCCUGAUAAAUUACACGGCCCACCACUUUAAUAUCCUAUAAAAAGGCCCCAAAACUAAACACAGUACUUGAACUUUAGCUUAUCAAAUUUAUCACUAAACUAAGAAAAUUAUUUUUCCUUCUUGAGACGUAGGUGUUUCUGGCAAGGCCAGCAUAUAUUGCCAUCUGUAGUUGCAUUGAGAAGGUGGCAGUGGGGCCACAUACCAGUCUUAUUACAACUGCAUUGCUUGCGAGGCUACUUCAGAGAACUGUUUGAGUCAAUCACAUUCUUGUGGGUCUGCAGUAGGCAGAAUGGGUAAGGACGACAGGUUUUCUUCCCUAAAGGACUUGAGUCAAUCACUCGGGUUUUUAUGCUAAUCUGAUAACUUCAUGGUGGCUUUUACUGAUGUAACUUUUUAUUUCCAGAUAUAAUGUGUUUUCUGGAUUAAUCGUCCAGUAUAUAACCACUGCACAACUGUACAGUUGUACUCUAUGCCACUAAUUUUAAAGCCCCAAAUUCUAUUACCUCCUGUUCUGGUUUAUCUACCAGCGCUAUCACUUUCAGGAUAUUAUGCAUUUGUACUUCUGGAUCUCUCUGAUCUGCUCUCUGAAAAGUCACUCUGUUGAGUGUUCACUCCCAUUCCAUACUUGUCCUCCUCUAAAGUAUAUUCCUGCACACUUAUUCAAACUAAAUUGUAUCUGUCUGUCCAUUCCACUAACCUGUCCAUGGCUUCCUGAAGUUAUUUCGCAGCCUACCUCACUGUUUUUAGCAAGCCUCCUACUUGUGUGCUCUGUGAAUUUUGAGAUGAUGUUCCAUGCUCACAUCCAAAUAAUCACCUAUAUAAAAGAAUUUGUGUUUACAACUAUCAACAGUGGCUCAGUGCAUAGCACUCUUGCCCCUGAGACAGCAAGGUUUUGGGUUAAAAUCCCAUUAUGAGCACAUAAUCCAGGUUGACAUUCCAGUCCAGUACUGAGGGAGUGCUGCUGUGUCUGAGGUGUCAGCCUUUGGAUGACAUGGUAAACCAAGGUUUCAUCCUCCCUUUCAAGUGGAGGUAAAGGAUCCCAGGCACAAUUUGAAGAAAAGAAGGGGAGUUGUCCCCAGUGUUCCAGCCAACAUUAUCUCUCAAUCACCUUCUCUUAACACGGGUUAUAUAUUCAGUUAUUUCAUUUCUGUUUCUGGGACCUUGAGUGUAAAUUAGCAGCCACGUUCCUGACAUUACAAAAGUGAUUACAUUUCAGAAGAGUUUCAUUGGCUGUGAAGUGGUUUGUGAUGUUCUGAGCCCUUAAUGGCGCUCUAUAAAUGCAGGCUUUUGAGAGAACAAAGGUGAACUCAGCACUGACUUGUGGGUCCAUCACUCCCAAACCAACUCCAUCAACUGAAGGUCAAUUCAAUGAUUUGGGUCUCACUACAUAGCUUAAAGGUUAAGUUCAUGAAUCAUGUUUAUAAUUUAAACUUUGACAACUCCAACCCAUUUGAUAUCCUUUUAUAGGAAAAGAGUGGCCAGUAACUUGAUUGUUCUCCUGAUACGAAUGGGUAGGUUUUGCAAUCUGGAGAGGCAGCAGAAACUUGCGGGUGCAGUGAAUGUAAUGCACUGAGCUUCACACCGGGAGUUGCUCCUUGUAGAAUUUUUUUUAUUCAUUCAUGGGAUGUGGGUGUCGCUGGCUAGUCCAGCAACUAAUGCCCAUCCCUAAUUGCAAGUGGCUUGCUAAGCCAUUUCAGAGUCAACCACAUUGCUGUGGGUCUGGAGUCACAUGUAAGCCAGACCAGGUAAGGACAGCAGAUUUCCUUCUCUAAAGGACAUUAGUCAACCAGAUGUGUUUUUAUGACAAUCAUCAAUGUUCAUGGUCAGGGUUAGACUGUUUAAUUCCAAAGUUUUUAAACUCAAUUCAAAUUCCACCAUCUGCCAUGGUGGGAUUCGAACCUGGUCCCCAGAGCGUUACCCUGGGUCUCUGGAUUACUAGCCCAGUGACAAUACCAUUACACCAGCUCUCCUCCAUUUACCCAAUAGAGUAAUUGAAGAUUUUGUUAACAGCCUCUUAUUGAAUGCAGACCUGCACCUGUUCUUUUUUUGAAAAGAAACAUAUCCUGGCCCCAAUCUCCAUGACUGACCCAUUAUGUUAAGUGAACAGCUUUACAUUUGAUUAUGUAUUCGCUUCAUUACAAUUAAACUUAACUCAUUUAGUUUUAGUCGCCAAAGCCCAGACAUUGUCAAUGUCCUUGGUCAAGUGAUUAGGGCUGCAAUCAGAAGUUGUCGGUUUGGAGACCUCAGUUGCCUGGCCCUUUGGUUGUUUGCUCAGGUGAAGCUAUAAAAAAAAAUGUCGAAUAUUGACCCUCUCACCAUUGUACAUACUUGUUUUGACGUCCACUGUUAAUAUUCAUUAUAACAUCUAUAAAAAUGAAAAUUUCUGAGCAAA